CAAACGAUACCCACCCACAACACAACCGAUAAAAAAGAAAAAAAAAAUAAAACGGAAUGACCGACGAGAUGCUCCCAACAGAGCUCCUCACAACUAUGAACGAGCAAUUCCCUUGCCGUGCGCCUCAAAUUCGCCGUCUGGCAGCGUUGGUAGGGACUGAUGAAACCCCCAGUCCUCCCGCCAUUGUCCUCCAUGGACUCGAAGCAACCGGGAAGACAACCAUCCUGCGCACUUUCAUGGACAGCGUUAACGCUUCGUACACCGCGGGGGUCACGGAGAAUGUUGGGGGUGGUGAUGCUGGACGGGCAGGUGAUGUGUGUGCUCUUGGAGUGAGGCUUUCCGGGGUGCUGAGCGGUGUUGAACGGAAGCAUUUCUUGGUGCUGGAUCGCGUUGACAGGACGAGGGAAGGGAGUAGUGUGCUGUUUGCUGCUCUGGGGAGGCUGGGAGAAAUGAUCCCGAUCCUAACAGUAAUCUUCAUCCUUUCAGUUCCAAAGCCCCGCCUCUUGAGCUCCGCAGAACCCCCACACAUCCACUUCGCCCCCUACACGAAGGAGGAGAGCAUAAAGAUCCUUUCAAAAUACGUCCGACGAAUACCCUUCCAAGACAUCGAGGAGUACACGCAAAAGGACGCAAAGGAGGAGCUCUAUGUCUGGCAGAAGUUCUGCGGAACAGUGUGGGACUCGCUGGCGAAGGGAACCGCCCGGGGCGUUGUGCAGUUCCGAGCCAUUGUCGAUGAGAUGUGGGAACCGUUCGUCAAGCCGAUUGCGGAAGGGGAGUAUGGGACGAGGAAUUACUCGAGUCUGUAUCUUUUGCAUAAGGAUAUGUUCCGGCGAGAGACGAACGUCAUUGAUGUGGUGGUUCCGGUGGGGGCUGGGGAAAAGGCUGUUACUAAGAUACACGACCUCCCAUACUACUCCAAAUUUCUUCUCUGCGCGGCAUACCUGGCAUCAUACAACCCCGCCCGCCAAGAUGCAGUAUUCUUCAUGAAAAACAACGACUUUGGCAGAAAAAAGCGACGAGGCGGUACCACUGGUUCCACCAAGCGCACUGCGAAGAACCGAAAGAUCCACAGAAGACUCCUCGGCCCCCAAGCCUUCCCACUAGAACGUCUUCAAGCGAUCUUUGCGGCAAUACUCCCACACAGAAUGUCCUCAUCGGCUGAUAUACAAACGCAGAUUGCGACGCUGACGAGCUUGAGAUUACUCACUAAGGCUUCAGCUACUGAUGUACUUGAGGCUGGCGCCAAAUGGAGGGUCAAUGCUGGGUGGGAUUAUAUCAGACAUGUUGCCAGGAGUGUCAAGUUUGAUAUUGAGGAUUUUGUCGCGGAGUAG